AUGUUUGCGGCAGCAACUAAGAAUUUUGUGAAGCAGGUAGGGGACACUGGACGCCUCAUCCCUGUGCCCAGUCUAAGUGAAGCGGACCGAUAUCAACCACUCAGCCUGGUGACGAGAAAGAGGAGACGACAUUUCUGGAAGAAGACCAAAUAUGCCACAACCCCCUUAUCACUGAAAGACAUACUCGUGGGAGAGAAAGAGAUCACAGCAGGGGUCUCUUCAUAUCAGCUCCUAAACUAUGAAGACAAGUCCGAUGUUGCCCUAAAUGGGCGUUUGGGCAACCAUCUGAUCCACGAGGUGGGAGUAAACGUGAGUGGUUCAGACUCUGUGGCGGUAAAGGCCUCAUUUGGAAUUGUGACCAAGCAUGAGGUGGAGGUUCCUACACUACUGAGGGAACUCAAUGCAAGGUAA